UCGAGGUGAUGUUGAGUGGAAAAGACGUGUUUUUGCGCUGAGACGUAGUAUUUUUUGUACAUUCUCUGCUUGCAAUUUGUGUGCUCACGAUACGACAUUCUUAUGUACGACAUCGGAGUAAUUAUGUUAUUGAAUCACAGCAGAGGAUCGUGUGUUAUCAAUAUUCCGCUUGAUAGUGUUGUGCAAUAGAUAUUCCCCACUCUGGGAGGCCACUGAAAUCUCAAGUGGAAAGUUUCACAGCGGAUUCGCCAUCUUGUGAAUACUUGGGACUUUUAAUAUAAAAUAACAAUUUUCCUCGUGUGGGAUUUUCACCGUCUGGCAUUCUCGCAGCACAAGUGUCGUGUGUUGUGUGGCGAGCAGCUCUUAGAUAUUCUUGUUCUUGUGGCGGGGCUGCAGGAGAGAGAGACUUUCUUUUGUUGUGUUGCUAAAACUGAGAGAUAAAUUGGCGAACUUGUUCAUUCAACAUGUGGGAUCCGAAGGCGACGACGAGUGAGGCACAGGAGAGGAAAAACCUGGACAAGCAUUGCGACUUUGAGGUGUCCCAAGGCGGAGAUUCGGGCUUUAUGUCAUCCGAACAGUGCAUGUCUCUGAGUGAGAUACAGAGCGACGAGGGCAAAGGCUCCAACAUCAGCAGCGCGCCAGACAACGCUUCGAGGAGCCAACAGCAGGACAACAGGCCCAGCCAGAAGAUCAGCAACACGUGCAGCGCCCUCGACUCGGGCGUCAUCUCAGACAGCGGGCUCGUGUCAUCCGGACAAAUGCUGCUGGACCGCGAGGUGAACGACAACGUGUCGGAGUGGUUCUGCAAUCUGAGCCUCAGCCAGCCCGUGAACAACCUGAGUGGGCAGAAGAGUGCCAAGAGGGCGAUCGAUCCAAAGCCACAGACAUGCGACAUUGUACCUGCCGUCCAGGAGCCAUGGGAGAUGUACUAUCUCCAAAAUGCAGAUGGUGACACACACCUGCACUUGGCCAUACUGGAUGGAUACGAGGACGUGGCGCGAGCUCUCAUCAGAAUGAAUCCCUACCCUUGUCUGCUGGACAUUCAGAAUGACUUCUUCCAGACUCCACUGCAUCUGGCCGUCAUCACAGGACAGCACACAACGGUGCGAAACCUCAUUUUGGCCGGCGCUGAGCCCACCAUUCGGGACUACAAGGGAAAUACUCCGCUGCACCUGGCCUGCGAGAAGGGUGACUUGGGGUGUGUUCGCGCCCUGACUGUGCCAAUUGCAUUGACUGAAAUCCAAGAUGUGUUCCGAGCAAACAGCACAUUCACAGACAGUAGCAGUAAGAAGAAAAGGAAUUCACCGUGUAUUCAACUUCCUGGCGAUUUGGAUAUGAGAAAUUACGAUGGUGAAAAUUGUGUUCAUUUGGCUGCACGAGGAAAACACGUUGACAUUCUUCGACAUCUUGUGUGGUGUGGAGCUGAUAUCAAUGCCGGGGAGGGAAAAAGCGGUGAGACUCCACUUCACAUAGCCGUGAGUCAAGAAGAUGAGCGUCUUGUGAGCUUUCUGAUAACGGAGUGUCCGAAAAUCAAUUUGGAGAAGUGCACAUUUGGUGGCAUGACGGCUUAUCAAUUUGCUGCAAUCAACCGAAAUCAGAUUUUAAUGAGACAUUUGGCCCACGGAGGAGCGGAACCACUGACACCGCCUGAGAGUGAUUAUGACUCAGAAUCUGAUUCCGAUGACAGUCAGAUGGUGGAUCUUUUUGGAUCACCUGGAUACUUUCAGAAAUUUAAUGGGGCCAAAGCGAUAAAUGUUGCAUAGAGACAAAGUGUGUGGGAGAGAGAGAGAGAGAGAGAGAGAGAGAGAAGUGCACAGUUUCUUCCUCUUUAGCUGAAACAAUAGCGCUAUGAAGGAAAGAAAGACGAAAAACUAGCAAUCAUGCUCAUAAUUAGCUCAAAAACACAAUGAUAAACAUAUUUUCUCCUCUCCAAGAGUGUUGGUUUUUCUUCUAUUGAGAGAAAGUGGAUGGAAUGGGUGUGAAGAAAUGCGAUAUGAGAUGAAAUGAAGAGUGUCUCUGAAUUGUAGGAUGAGGAAAAAUGUUUUAGUAAAUGUGAAUAUCAUCAUGUAAUUUGUGUUUUAAUCUUUGACUUAAAGAAAAAUCCUUGAAUAGAUUUUAGAAUCGGAUAAAAUAGUGAGAAAUACAAUUGUUGAUUAAAUGUUAAAAUGAAGAAUCCCAAGAAAGUGCCUUAAGAUCGUAAAUUAUUUAGAUGUGUAAAUCAUCUCAUAUUCGAUAAAUAUUAGUUAUGAUUUCUCUAUGUCUAUUUGAAGAAGUUAAUGGUUUAAAAUUGUGUAAAAUCUAAAUGUCACAAAAUGUAUUCAAAGAAUAGAGAUAAAAAUAUGUAAAUCAAACAAGUAUUAUUAAAGGAAUUUUAACACGU